GGCGCGGCCGGAGGCGGCCGCGGCGUCACGGCCUGAGGGGAACCGGCGCGGCUGGGCGGGCAACGGCCGGGACACAGCGCCGGGACAGCCCGGGGCGCGGCGGGAACCGGUCCCCGGGAGGCGAUGAGCGCGGGCGGGGAAGGCCCGCACCAGGUGCUGGGCCGGCUGCGGUUCCUGCUGCAGUGCAGCGAGUGCUUCCGCCGCGCCCGGGCGCUGCCCGCCGCGCUGUGCUACGUGCCGCGGGAGGUGCAGUACAAGAUCUGCAAGGACCCCGCGGCCGCCGACGCCGCCGCCGCCCCCCGCAGCCUGCUCAGCGUGUGGGACAGCCCGGGGCCGGCGCGGGGCGGGAAGCGGGCGGCGCGGACCACCAUCGAGGUGCGGAAGGGCGGCUGCCUCCGCGCCACCGGCGAGGAGUACUGCAACGGCGCCGGGCUCUGGGUCAAGCUCAGCAAGGAGCAGCUGGAGGAGUACGCGGGCAGCCAUGGCCUGGCCGAGGGCUGGCUCCUGGCGAAGCGGUUUGGAGGCAAAGGAGAUAAGUUGGUCCCGGUUAACUCCGUGGGGAAGAGCCAGUGGCAGCACAAAGCGCUUGGGGUCAAUGACAGACCCGUGGUCAGCUGGGAACAAGUGGUGGACCUGACAUACUCCAUAAGCCUGGGAGAGAAGCCCAGAGUCAUGGAGCAGGACGAGGCCGUGGUGCAGAAGUUUCGGUCUGCACCCCCAGGCUGGAGCUACAGCCAUGACAUACAGCUGGUGCGCUUCCUGUAUGAUCACAGCGAGAGGAAGCUGUAUUACGGGGACUGCAUCAAGGAGCACAUUGGCAGCGUUGAGGUCUCCACGCAGGUGGAGGACUGUGGCGCGGCCCGUCUCACAGAUGGGCGGUCAGACACCUUCUGGGAGAGCAACGGGCUCCAGGGGCAGCACUGGCUGCGGCUCAACAUGAAGAAAGGCGCCAUUGUCAAGAAGCUGUGGCUGACGCUGGAUGGGCAGGAGUUCUCUUAUGUACCCAGGCGGGUGGCUGUGUAUGGAGGGGCACCAGACAGGCUGCACCACCUGAGAACUGUCCUAAUUAAUGAGAACAGCUACCACGACAUCUGCAUCCUCCGCAACAUGGAGACCUACCUGCCAGUGCUGGAGAUCCGCAUCCUGGAGUGCCGGGAACAAGGGUACAAUGUCCGCCUGCGAGGGAUUAAGCUCAAGUCCUUCUGGGAGUGGGACCUGGUCCUCAACGCUGACAUGUUCCAGGCAGCCAGGCUGGUGCGCUACCCUCUCCUGGAAGGGGUGGGUGCAGACAUGCUGUACCGGCGGGCCGUGGUCAUUCAGAGGUUCGUCCACCUCCUGGACAGUGUCCUGCAUUACCUGAUCCCCCUCUCUGAGGACAGUGUUAACACCUUCAGUGCACUCAGGAACAUGAAGCCAUUCCUGCUGCUGUCCAAGCAAAGCACAGCCCUCAUCAACCACUGUCUGCAGUCCUCGGAGACCAGCACCCCAAUGAUUGUACCAAAGCUGAACAUCAACCGGCACCGGGCCUGGGAGCACCGCGACAACCCCGCGCUGGACCCCAGCUACAAGAACACCAUCUUCAACCAGAUAUAUGAAGGCCUCAGACCUUGCAAGAGCAAUCACCCCCUGGACUACAGGUGGCCCCUGAGCCACAACCAGUGGUGGCAGUGUGAGUUCAUCGAAGAGGGCAUCAUUGACAACGGUGGUGGUUUUCGGGACAGCCUGUCGGAUUUGGCACAGGAGCUGUGUCCCAGCUCAGCUGACGUCCCUGUGCCCCUGCCCUUCUUCAUCCGCACCUCCAACCAGGGUAACAGCAGCAGCAACACUAGGGACAUGUAUGUCCCCAACCCCUCCUGCAAGGAUUUCCCCAAGUAUGAGUGGAUUGGGCAGCUGAUGGGAGCAGCCCUGAGGAGCAAGGAGCUUCUGAUCCUGGCUCUGCCAGCACUGGUGUGGAAACAGUUGGCAGGGGAAGAGGUCUUCUGGAGCAAGGACUUUGCCACUGUGGACUCGGAGCUGGUGAAGCUACUGGAGGUGCUGGAAGAGGUGGACAAGGAAGCCUUUGAGUUCAUGUUUGGCAAAGAGCUGACCUACACAACGGUGCUGAGUGACCAGCGCGUGGUGGAGCUGAUCCCCGGCGGCAGCCGCACCGUGGUGCGCUACGAGGACCGCAAAGAGUUCAUCCGCCUGGUGCAGAAGGCUCGGCUGGAGGAGAGCAAGGAGCAGAUUGCAGCCAUGCGUGCUGGGCUGCUCAGCGUCGUGCCCCUGCCCGUGCUGGAUCUGCUCACCUGGCAGCAGCUGGAGGAGAAGGUCUGUGGGAUCCCUGAGAUCACAUUGGCUGAACUGCGGAAAUUUAUCAGGUUUGAGGAUUUUUCCUCCGACGACACCCGCAUCCAGAACUUCUUGGAAGCACUCAACAACUUCACUAGUGAGGAUCUCAGCCAUUUCAUCAAGUUUGUCACUGGCCGGAGACGCCUCCCAGUUGAGAUCACUGUCUAUCCAAACAGGUCACACUCGGAUGCAGUGGACCUUAUGCCAGAAGCCUCCACGUGCUCCAGCAGCUUCUUCUUGCCCAACUAUUCCUCGGCCAAGACCUGUGAGGAGCUGCUGCGCUACACCGUGUACAACUGCAUGUCCAUCGACACCGACAAGGACCUGUGGCAGGACUGAGGCCCUCCAGGCACGCUGUGCUGUGGGAGCCACCCGCCUCGGGGCUCCUGGAUCCAAUAAAAGUGCAGGGCUGGCUCCUGCCCUCGUG